AUGGCUUCGCACAAGGGAAAGGUCGCUUUUGUCACUGGUGCCAAUGGCAUCACUGGCAAUGCAAUCAUCGAGCAUCUUAUUCGACAGCCCGAGUCCGAGUGGUCCAAGAUUAUCAUCACAUCUCGUCGAACUCCAAAGCAGCUGUUCUGGCAGGACCACCGCAUCAAGUUCAUCGCCCUCGACUUCCUGAAGCCUGUUGAAGACCUCAUUGAGCAGAUGCGACAUCUCUGCCACGAUGUGACGCACGCAUACUUCGCCUCAUACGCCCACGUCGCCGACUUUGCCAAGUUGAAGGAGCUCAACCUUCCCUUGUUCACCAAUUUCCUUGUCGCAACCGACGUUGUUGCUGCCAAGACUCUGCAGCGCGUCUGCCUCCACACCGGAGGAAAGCACUACGGCGUUCAUCUUGGUCCUGUCGAGGUUCCCAUCCACGAAGAAAUGCAGCGAUACGACGACCAUGGCGAGAACUUUUAUUACCCACAAGAAGACUUCCUCUUCGACCUUGCUACAAAACGCACAUGGGACUGGAACGUCAUUCGACCCAACGCCAUCAUCGGCUUCACUCCAGCAGGAAACGGAAUGUCCGCUGCCCUCACCCUGGCCAUCUAUAUCCUUUGCUGCAAAGAAAAUGGCAAAGUCCCCGUCUUCCCAGGCAACAAGUUCUUCUUCAACUCGGUCGAUGAUUCCUCAUAUGCCCCCAGUCUCGCAGAUAUGAGUGUCUGGGCUUCCACGGGAGAGCACACCAAGAACGAGGCAUUCAACCACACCAAUGGCGAUGUUAUUGUGUGGAAGUACUUUUGGCCAAAGCUUGGCAAAUACUUUGGCGUCGAGAUCCCGGAAUCAGACUCAUGGAAGGCCAGUGGAGAAGGCCAGCGCAUGGAACAUAAUUUCUACAUGAGCGACUGGGCCAAGGACAACAAAGAGGCCUGGGAUAGUGUCGUUCGCAAGCACGGUGGCCACCCUGAUGCUUUCCACUGGGGAACUUGGGACUUCUUCGACUGGGCGGUUGGCAAGGCCUGGUUCACCAUCGGUUCCGUGUCCAAGGCGCGCAAGUUUGGCUGGACGAGGUACGAUGACACGUACGACUGCUGGGUUAAGACCUUCCGCUCCUUUGAGAACGCUGGUAUUUUGCCCCCAUCGUCCGCACUGGACCUCGGGGAGGCUUUGAGACAAGCUAAGCUGUCGCCACACCCAGCGGAUGCCGUUACUGCACGCUUGGAGAGCGCUCGUAAGGAGAAUGGUGUUGCCAAGGAGAAUGGUAUCGCCAAGAAGCAGGAGAAUGGAUUCAAGGAGAAUGGACUGAAGACCAACGGCAUCACAGAAACUAUUCUCGGGAUUAAUGGUGGUUCUGAGUUGGAGUCUGUGGCCUAG